AUUACCUGAAGGCAUGCUAUAAAGAUAGUGGAAUGACCUGCACCAGCUCAGUCUGUUUUUGUACAAGGCGGUGUCGAACAAGCGCAGAGCUUAUGAAAAGCAAUUCUGGAAUCGGAUAAGCGUUCUUUCUCUCCAAUUUCGCUGACAUGUGCGUCGCACAGAUGCAGUCGCUGACGCUCCUUACGCCUAUAUAAACUGCACUGUUAUCGCCGCAUUGCCUUACGUCAGCACAAUCCUCGCCGGCCGACCACUGUACGCAAGUGAAAUCCCAGCCGCCUUGUCAUGGAGCGUCCGUCUCAACAGUCCAGCGGGUCACCGUCGGCGUUCCUCGUGAAAGAGCUGCCCAAUAUCUACGACCAGAUCAGGAUUCACGACCGGGAGUCCUCGGGCCAGCUUCUGAAAAGUUGGCAGGAAUCGUUCUUCACCAACCCCAAAAAAGAUGGCAAAUGCGACGAGCAAUAUCUGGACAUCGGUUGCGGCCCGGGUAACUUCACGCGUCACUACCUGCUUCCGCUCUGUCCACCAUCGAUGAAAAGACUGGUGGCGGUGGACAACUCGCACUCCAUGAUCGACUACGCUAAGCGAGAACACGGCCACCCGAAGAUCGAGCACCGCAUGCUGGACAUUGCGGCCGACGACGAAGUGUUCCAGUUCAUCGAAACCGAAGGGCAGUUCGAUCGCAUCUAUUCUUUCCUGACCUUUCACUGGAUACACGACAAAUGUGCCGCGCUGAGGAACGUCGAACGCAUUAUGGCCACAGGCGGCGAGUGCCUGAUCGUAUUUAAUCCUCAUCCUGGACCCUUGCAGCUUUCCAAAGCAAUGAUGAGUUCGGAGCGAUGGAAGAAAUACAGCGACGUUCUGAGGAAUGUUGGGCCCGACUUUCCUGACACUCUCGACCCAGCGUACCUGAGGAACUACCUCAUGAACAUCGUCAAAUCAACCACUCUCGUUCCACUGACGUGUGAGCUGGUGCGGGUGUCAGCCCCGAGUGCAAGCAUGGACGACCUCGCGCGUCUAGUUUUGCCCGUGAACCCCGUCUACUCGCUCCUGACCGAAGAAGGGAAAGCCGAGUUGGAGCACUUUGCCAAGGAACUGAUGAAGCAAGGGCGUUACUCGAACUAUUCAGCCACGGGAACAACUAGGGAGUUGAGAUUCGUCUUUCACGGUUAUAAGCCAUAGAGUUCUGAGCUACCAUUUACAGGGUCUCAUGAAAACUGAACCCUACAUCUGCGUGAAGAUAUUCAAUAUCAAAGGGAAGCACCUAGAAAGUGCUUUGGUGUUCGGUGUGUUACAAGAGACAGCUCAAUUUCCUGCGUUCAGUGCAAGCCGUGAUUGCUGCUGCUGCGUUUUUAUUGUGCUUCGAAAAAAAAAUAAACGCAAGGGGUGCAUCAAGGAUUAA